AUGACUAUCAUUGAGUCAGUUAAGAAUGCAGUAGGUCUCUCAGAGACCUCCGCUACCCGACAGGAGAUGUCGGAAGCUCGACUUCCCAUGCAAUACAGAGACUCGUGUGCACACCUUUUGAUCCCGCUGAACCGGUGUCGGCGGGAAGAGUACUACCUUCCCUGGAAGUGCGAGGAUGAGCGACACUCCUACGAGAAGUGCCAAUACGUGGAAUUCAAGAAGCGCGUGGCCAAGAUGGACGAGCUCCGAGCCGCAAAAGACGGAGCCCGCAGCAACUAA